GGACUCCGGCUGUGAAGGCCAAUAGAUGACCAUUCCAAACCUCCCAGUUCGUCAUCUUGACAGGCCACCGAAACAAAAUUCUCUCUCUAGGCGGGAGAGGGAGAGAGAGGGAGAGAGCGGUCGCAGCCGCCGGCCAUGGCGGAGGCGGCGGGAGCCCAAGCCCCGGCGCAUGGCCCCGAGGAGGCGCCCCUCGACGCGGGCGCCAUCAGGAGCCUGCCUCCCAAUUCCACCUCCAAGCUCCGAUCCAUGGCGUCUCACGAUCACCACCACCACCACUCCCACGACCACGAUCACCACCACCAUCACUCCCACGGUUUCAGGGAUGGCGGUGGCAAUGCAGCGGGGGGAUCGUGGGUCGGGGAGGACGGUCGCGUGUGGCACUCCCACGACGGCCUCGCGCCGCACUCCCACGAGCCCAUCUACUCCCCCGGCGACUUCACCAAGCGCGCGCCGCCGCUCGCCUCGCAUGCCUUCACCGACCGCGCCUUCACCGUCGGAAUUGGCGGCCCCGUCGGCACGGGGAAAACUGCCCUGAUGUUAGCACUGUGCAGAUUCCUACGUGAUAAAUAUAGUCUUGCUGCGGUCACAAACGACAUUUUCACAAAAGAAGAUGGGGAAUUCUUAGUCAAGCAUGGAGCACUCCCAGAAGAGCGCAUACGUGCAGUGGAAACUGGAGGGUGCCCUCAUGCAGCUAUACGUGAAGACAUCAGUAUAAAUCUUGGUCCUCUAGAGGAGCUAUCGAACUUGUACAAAGCUGAUUUGCUACUCUGUGAAUCUGGAGGAGAUAACUUGGCUGCUAACUUUAGCCGAGAAUUGGCAGACUACAUAAUCUACAUAAUUGAUGUCUCUGGUGGGGACAAGAUACCAAGAAAAGGUGGCCCUGGGAUAACCCAAGCUGAUCUUUUGGUGCGUCAUACUGUGAUAAAUAAGACAGACCUUGCCCCGGCUGUUGGAGCUGAUCUGGCUGUAAUGGAACGAGAUGCGCUUCGCAUGCGGGAAGGAGGGCCUUUUGUGUUUGCACAGGUGAAACACGGAGUGGGUGUGGAGGAUAUCGUGAAUCAUAUUCUGCAAGCGUGGGAAAUUGCAACCGGGAAUAAACGCCGAUAAAAGAUCUCAUGACAUAGCUUUAUAUUUGGCGUGCAGCUGAUGCACUUUAUCAUUCAGCAUGCAUAAACCAUCCAUUGGUUUUCGAAUAAAUUUCGCAUCAUUUGGUGCUGAUGUACUGGAGACUUGUGGAGUUUCAAAAUUUCCUUUUCAUGUUGGAAGAGAAGGAAAGGUAGAUCAUGCCCUCAAAUUUGGACGAGGGGGUCGAGAAUGCUAUGAGUUGGGGACUCCAAUAACGAGCAGAACUGCAAUACGGGCUCAGUGAAGUAGGAAGUUGAAAAAUAAUUUUGCAGAAGAAUUAUCGACCCCA